AUGUCGACUUUUGGGAGUAAGCACAAGCACGGCCUGAACGGCGGCGCGAUAAAACACAUGAUUGACAUGUCGACAAUCAUCUCGCCCACCCAAGGCGGCUUCCACAAGCACAGCGAUCCGGACCACAUCGACAGCGCCGUCGAGCCCACCAUGACCGUCUGCGCCGCCUUCCAGUCUCACAUCGUGCGCAUACACAAGGACUUGUGCGCACCCGGCCAGUCGUUGCUGUCCAAGGACCGCUUCGCCGACUUUCUCGUCCAGGUCCAGGGGGAGACCAUGGUGCACCCUCUCGACAGAGAGACGUACACUUUCCAGCAGUUCUUCGAGGUGUGGUGGUACCAGUACCGUCUCGGCCCGCUGCGCAAGGUCAUUCCAGACCCCGAGGACCAGUGCAAGCCCAUCAGCCACUACUUCAUCAACAGCAGCCACAACACAUACCUCCUGGGGAACCAGCUGACGUCGGACAGCUCGGUGGAAGCGUACUCGACGGCAUGUAUAUCCUAUAUCCGAGAGCCUGCAUGCUCCAUUUCCCCAGAAAUAGACGUCUGGAACAACCCGAGUGUGAGCCCCAGCCGGUCCCGAUCGCCGCACCCGGAAACGCAGCGGCACCGGUCGACCUCGUCUGUCGCAUCUGCCAUCGAGGAGGUCACAAGCAUGCUUUUGGGCAAAUCCAUUUCCCACCACCGGACAAUGAGCGGAGGGGCAAAUAACUUGGCCGUCCCCUCGCCCUCGCCGGGGGGUAGCCAGGCGGCGCUGAACAGUGACGUCGGCCCCGCACCGGUCUCGGGGACCGGCGGUGCGCUGUCCGAGGAAGAGACACGGCUGACCAGGGCGCGGUCCCAGUCGCAAACGAAUCCAUCGGCGGAGCCGGUCGUGAUGCACGCGCACACGUAUAUGCAGCGCGACUACACGCUGCAGAGCAGAUACGUCGGCUUUCGCGACGUGUGUCGCGCCAUCGGCAAGUCCGCCUUCGCCACCAACCACCUGCCCAUCAUCAUCAGCCUCGAGGUACACGCCGACUGUCAACAGCAGGACGUCAUGGUGAAGAUCAUGCGCGAGGAAUGGGGCGAGCGCCUGUUGGACGAACAGUUCAUCGGCUGCGACCCGCGCCUGCGCCUGCCUCGACUGGACGAGCUGAAAGACAAGAUACUGAUCAAGGCCAAGAAGGCCUCGGUCCUCGACGACCACAACGGAACGGCCGACUCGUUGGGGAUUCCACUGCAGAAGCUGAAAAAGGAAGAGCAGAAGAGUCUGGGGCUGUCGCCGGGCUGCGCCGCCGCCUCCAGCUCCGACGACGAGGGGACCGCCGCCGCCUCGGGAACCGCCACCUCGGGCGCCACAGGGAACAGGCCUCUGAUUUCCAAGAACCUGAGCAGGCUGGCGGUGUACACGCACAGCAAGCACUUUCACGGCUUCAACGACCGUGUAUGCAAGACGCCUUCGCACAUAUUUAGCCUGCAGGAGAACAGGAUCCGCGACCUGGACGCCAAGGCGAUAGCGGCGCACAACCGGCAGUACCUCAUGCGCGCGUACCCGGACCCCGUCGCGCGCGUCGACAGCGGCAACAUGGACCCGGCGGCCUGCUGGCGGAAGGGCGUGCAGAUGGUGGCUAUGAACUGGCAGACGCUCGACAGCAACAUGAUGCUCAACCACGCCAUGUUUGCCGGCACCGAGGGCUGGGUCCUGAAGCCGCCGGCCCUGCGCGGCGGCGACGGCACCAUGGACGAGAAGGAGCUGGUGACCAUCAUGCAGCUCAAGGUCACAGUCUUCGCCGGCCAAAACAUACCGCCCAUCAAGGGCAAGACCGAGACCUCGUUCGACGCGCACGUCAAGGUCGCCCUCCACGUCGAGGGCCGGUCCGACCCGCUCAAGGACGACCUCAAGACCAAGGGCACCAGCCACCCGGACUGGGGGCCCGAGGGCGACUCGGUCGUGUUCAAGGACGUGGCCAACGUGGCCCAGGAGCUCAGCUUCCUGCGCUUCAGGAUCGAGGACGACAGCACCCUCUCGUCGUGGGCCUGCUACCGCCUCGACCGUCUCCUGCCGGGAUACAGAUUCCUCGACCUGCUCGGCCCCACCGGCAAGCGCACCGAGGGCAGGCUUCUCGUCAAGAUUGAGAAGACGCUCCGCCCGAGUGCGACUUAG